AUGACAAUAUCUUCGCUUGUUCCAGUACAACUGCCCAAGCAGCUACAGCACAUGAAGUACAAGGUACAGUACCGUGCACCGUCGCCACCACCGCCGGGUGUAACUCGGACGCCCGAAGAGAUUGAAGCUGAAAUAAAGAAAGUGGAGGCAGAAUACGAGAAACUGGCACUAGUAUUUAUAGAGCUGCCUCAGGACGUGAUGUGGUCUGAACCACCGGUAAUCUGCCAAUGGUAUGAACCGCGUCAACUGUGGAUCAGUACCUAUAUCAACGAUUACAAAUUCAACGAAGACAAACUCACCGUGCAGUUCAGGACUGGAGUGUUGUGGCCAAUCGGCAUCGCAACUUUAAGAUAUAGUAACAUGCCUUUUCAAGGUUGGGACAUUCGACCGGACCCCAACAGUCCAGGUGUGAUAAUAAGUGUUACGGGUGUCUGCGUGACUGCAACAUGGCUGUGCGUAGGGAACACAGUGAGGCUGCGCUGGAUAGCGAACGCGACUACGCCGGCUCUCACGGAACAUUUCGAAAAACCCUACAGCGUGAAGAAAAUGAUACAGCUGAUGCGAGAAGCGGCCUGUGACUUUUUUCCGGACUUCGACGCUCACAACCACAUCGAGGGCAGCUGCCCUAAAGAAUGGGUAGCGGAGCGGCACACCUACCACGCCAUGGCCUUCCUUUCCAGGGCUUACAACUUUCAGUGGAGCAGAUGGAACGUUUCGGCGGGUAGUCGGAAUAUUGUUAUGCAAAUACGGGAAGCCGUUGACAGAAAAAGAGAGGCAAAAUUUCAACUACUCCACACAACACCACAGCGCGCCACCAUACUUAAAUGCAACGAGCUGUCGCAAGAACUCAACCUGGAGCCUUUAGCUGGUCUUCAGUUCUACCCAGACUUGUUCACGCUUAACAUGUCCUACGGAUCAGUAGACGCACGACGAGCGGCUUUUAAUAUGAAAUAUAAACUCGUGGAAACAGUGUUCAGUAUGCUGCAAGAGCUAAAAUUGUGCAGUUACUCAUAA